UCUUUCCCUUCUCACAGGAAUGAGAAUCUUGCAUUGAUCAGACAUGAAAUUCAGCUCCUGAUCAAUCAAGAAUCACAAGAUCAAGAAGAUUAUCCUCUACUUUUAUUUCCUACAUUGGGAAGAUAUGAUCUCAAGUGUAAUGUGGAAUGGUGCUGAUAUAGGAAGUAAGAAAUAGGCAACAGAUCAAAUUCAGGACAAAGUAACAACAGAGAUUGCAAAAAUCAGGCCCUCUUGAAAAAUACACAUUUUUCUUUCUUGGCUGUCGGAGUUUCUUGAGGGGCAUUGAAGAAAGGGUAUACGUAUACUGUGUGUGAUUGCACGUUUGUGUGUGUGUAUAGGUAUAGAUGUAGUUACAGGGAGGGAAUAUAGAGAUGAGGAGAGGAGUGUAUAUAUGUACAUAUAAAUUGAGAGUCAACAAUUAAAUAUAAGUGGGAGUGUCAUUAUAUUCCACCUGUGACUAUACUCUGAAGCGUCCUGUAGACCUCUUUUCCUAUCUCUAUAUCUUCUCGUCUCUCAAUAAAUACACACACACACACACAUAUACGUACAUACAUUUCUGAAACCCUAGAAUACUAUUGCGUCUCUUUUUCUCUUCCUCUCUCUUUAUUGUUUAGGGGGAUUUUUUAGCUCUCGUAGCGUUUGGUUUGAUUCUGAAAUUAUGGGGAAAAUGCGAGAGAAGGAUCCGCCGCCGGAGGAGUUUCGGUGCAAGCGAACCGACGGACGUCAAUGGAGGUGCAAACGUCGAGCGAUGGAUGGGAAGACGCUCUGCGAUAUUCACUAUCUUCAGGGGAAACACCGUCAGCACAAGAGGAAAGUUCCGGACUCGCUCAAGCUGGAGAGGAAGGUGACGAAGAAAAGGGCAAAUAAGAAUGGAGAGAAUAGUCGUAGGGUUUUGAAGGUGGCGAAAAUACCACUGGAGGUGGAGGAGAAGAGCCGGAGGAGAGAUGUCUCGGAGGCGUUGGAUGGGGCUCUCAAGAGGAUGAAGCUGAAGAGGGGAGACUUGCAGUUGGAAUUGAUCAGAGUUUUCCUGAAGAGGCAGGUGGAGAAGAAGAAGGAGAAAGACUUGAAGGAGAAAGACUUGAAGGAAAAUACGGUUGGGGAUGAGAUGAGACAGUUGCCUUAUGGAGUUAUGGCUAUUUCGCAAUCACCUUCAAGUUUGCAGAAUUUCCGCCAAAAUGAUGGUUUGGAUGUGAAACUAGGUGUGGAUUCCUGUGGUAAUUCGUUUAUUCAGAGGCAUUUUCGAUCAAAAAAUAUUGAACCACUCCCAAUUGGUACAAUGCAGGUUGUUCCAUUUGCGGAGAAUGUCAAGAGAAAGAAGAUAAAGAAAUGCCAUUGGUGCAGGGAAAGUAAAUGUCGUUGCUUGAUUAAGUGUUUGACUUGCAGGAAACGCUUCUUUUGCGUGGAUUGUAUUAAAGAGAGGUAUCUUGAAAAGCAAGAAGUGAAGGUGCAGUGCCCUCCCUGUCAUGGAACUUGUAGCUGUAAGCUCUGCAUGAAACAGCAACACAAGGCUAACAAUCAUAAGGAGUAUUAUAGAGGUGGAAGGAAGCUUGAUAGGAUACGAUUGCUUCACUAUCUAAUCUACAUGCUUCUUCCCGUGCUGAAAAAGAUAAACCGUGAUCAUGGCCUCGAACUUUAUACAGAAUCUCAGGUAACAGGAAAAGAACAAUCUGAAAUCCAGAUUCCACAGACUAAAUUGAAAUUUCAUACAUCACAAUGCUGCAAUAAAUGCAAAACUUCAAUUGUGGACUACCAUAGGACCUGUGCAAACUGCUCGUAUUAUCUUUGCUUAGGUUGUUGCCAGGAGCUUUCUCAACAUAGCUUAUGUGGAAGUUUUAAGCUCAGAAGUUGCAAGAGAAGGAAAACCUAUUCAGCUGGUGAUGAGCUACUAACAAAGCAGAAAAUUUCAAGGCAAAAUUCUGUUGGGCUACCUUGUCGGUCCAUUAUCUCCUCACAAAACUGGGAAACUUGUGAAGAUGGCAGUAUCCCUUGCCCAUCAACAGAUAUUGGAGGUUGUGGUCAUAGCCUGCUUCAUUUAAGCAGUAUGUUUCCAUUUAACUGGACUAGUGACCUGGAAGUUAGAGCUGAAGAAAUAUUGUGCAGCUAUCACUUUCCAGAAACUACAGAUGUUUCUUCAUGCUGCUCUCUGUGCAACAAUAUCAGCACUCAUGAUGGUGAAGUUAAGCCUCGGGGAGUUCCGUAUAGGAGAAUAGGUUUCAAAGGAAUCUAUCUGUAUUCACCUACUAUAAAGGAUCUUCAUCAGGAAACUCUAGAGCAUUUCCAGAAUCACUGGGGUAGGGGCCACCCUGUAAUAGUCAGAAAUGUGCUUCAGCGCACCACGAGUUUGUCCUGGGAUCCUAUUAUCAUGUUUUGCUCAUAUAUUGAGAAUAAAAGCUCUGGAUCCUGGAAUGAAGAUGGCAAGAAAGAUACAAAUGUCUUGGAUUGGUGUGAGGUAGAAAUUGACCGGAGGCAAAUAUUCAUGGGGUCGCUAGAGAAGAGAACACAUGCAAGCGUGCAACAAAAAUUUCUAAAAUUCAAGGCCUGGCUUUCUUCCUGUUUAUUUCAAAAGCAGUUUCCUCUCCAUUAUAAUGAGAUCUUAAGUUCUUUACCACUUCCAGAGUACAUCAAUCCAGUAUCUGGCAUUCUGAAUGUGGGUGUGAAGUUGCCGAAGGAAUUUCCAAAGCCUGAUUUAGGUCCCUGUAUCUAUUUCUCAUAUGGCGGUCCGGAGGAACUUAUGCAUGCUGAUUAUUUGUCAAAACUGUGUUAUGAAUCACAUGAUAAGGUUAAUAUUCUCGCUUAUGCGACAGAUGCACCAAUUUCACAAGAGCAGAUUAAUAAAAUUGAAAAGUUAAUGAAGAAGUACAGGGCUCAAGAGCGCCAUCAUGGGCAGUCAUUUAGUAAUUCUAGUGAUCAGAAAGGCAAAUCAUCUUUGCAGAGUGAAGACACUGGUGAAUCAAGCUUGCAGGAAAUUGGAGAAAAGAUACACCUGCCCAAUGGAAUUGAAAAUGUACCGUUUUACUCCGAUGAACCCCUUAAAGUUCACAAACAGGAUGUUGAACAUGGGAUUUUAUCGGAUGAAAGUGACUCUGAUGCUGAGGCGUCAUUUCAUUUCAGUGGAAGUAUUGAAAAGUCUGAAGAUUCUGAUGAGUAUUUUCAAGGGGAGGAUACAGAAAGCUCUUGUUCCAGUGACGAUAAGCAAGGGACGGAUUCUUGUGGUGCCCAGUGGGACAUUUUUCCCAGAGAAGAUGUACCUAAACUUCUCGAAUACCUUAGGAGACACUCUAAUGAGCUCAGCUCUGCCUGCAGCCACUCAAAGCAUGUUCAUCCCAUUCUUGAUCAGAAGUUUUUCCUUGAUGCAUAUCACAAAUUGAGACUUAAAGAGGAGUUUGAUAUUCAACCAUGGACUUUUGAGCAAUAUACUGGGGAAGCUAUCUUAAAUCAGAAAAAUUAAGUCUUGCGUCAAUGUUGUUUUGGACUUCAUCUCACCAGAAAAUGCUACUCGCUGCAUCCAAUUGAAAGAUGAAAUUCGUCUUCUUCCUAUGCGACACAAAGCCAAAGGAAAAGUGAUGGAGGUGGAGAAAAUGGCUCUCCACGGUAUCAGUGCAGCAAUUCAAGAUAUAUGCAACCUCACGCCUUUGGAGCAGGAUGCAUGAGGAACUGAUGGAAACAUUUGCUAUUUAUGGAGACGAACACUAAGUCUUGUUCCAUUGGGUGGAUUAUGAUGUACUCAGAACCUUUAUCGCAUCCCCCUUGACUUAAACAUUUGCUGAAGCUCCAACACAUAUUAUGUUAGAGAGCAAAUGUUCUCUUUGACAUCUGCCGUUUCUGCUGUUCCCUACUGAUAUCAAAAAGACUAAUUCCUGUACCUCGAGUAAGAGAUGACAAUAUCUCCUACUUCCAAUGGUGAUUUGGCUGGCCGGUUACCUUUUCUUCAGGGUGGAAAACAUGGUAAAACCGAGGAGUCUCAAUUGGGUUUUCUAACUCGUGCAUGUACUAUUAUCACUAUUUUCAUUCUUGAUCCACAUUCAUUCAAAAUCGAAGUAGAUAAAUGAUUUACUAUGUAUAGACAUUUCACUGACACUAGUUUUGAUGCAGCUUAUAGUGCAAAAAAGCUGCAAAGCUGCAUUCUUGUACAUCUGUUAGGCAUGGCUAAAAAUAGAGGGAUUUAUGUAGUGGCUCCCAGCCUGUGCAACCUACUCCUGCAGUAGAGACAUAAUUCUUGUAAAGAAGAAAGGAGUAUGAGCAACAGCUAAAUUUGUAUAUUUCAUUCCAUUGAAUUCCUACACCGUAACAUGAUGAGUAGUGUUGUUUGUCUUUUA